AAAAAGAUGAAAACAUCAAGUUGACAAAUCCAAACGAUCUUAUCUAUGUUUAUCCUUUGGCCGGUAUAAUUUAUGUGAUACGAGUGCUUUUCGAACGAUAUGUUGCUAAACCGAUUGGUCGAUUGCUUGGUAUUCAAGAUCGAGUUGGAAGAAAUACAACAAAAGAUAUGAAAACUACAGCAACAACAGUAUCAAAUCGUUUUAAACCAAUAAAUAUAAAUCAAACAUACCAACAAGAACAAGUAGUCAGUAAUGAUAGUGGCUCAUCGGUAUCAACAGUUCGCUAUUCACGUAUUACUCGACUAGCUAAAUUUAGUGAAUCCUGCUGGCGUUUUACUUUUUAUCUAAGUGCAUUCAUUUACGGUGUUGUCAUACUUCUAAAUAAAUCAUGGACAUGGGAUACACGUCAUUGUUGGUUGAAUUAUCCUAAUCAACCUCUGACAGCAGACAUCUUUUGGUACUACAUGAUCGAACUUGCUUUCUAUUGGUCACUUUUAUUUUCUCAAUUUAUCGAUGUUAAACGAAAGGUAUAA